GCCAAAAAUGUUUUCAAAAUAGGGCACUUACUGGUUUUGGAGGGCAGGUGACACCUAAUCUUCAGGGGCCUGCAGGAUAAUUUCUAAAUGGGGCUCACAGUUUAUUCCUCCCUCAUAGGGAGGCUGUGAUUACCUCACAAAGCUCCACUAGGGUCACAACAAGAUAGGGAAGGCCAGUGCAGGGCCUGUAGGUAUGCUGGGAUCCCACAGGCAGAAGCUGUGGCAGGCGCGUGGCAGAACGAGUCUCUAAAGGAAGAGCCAGGAACAGGUGACAGCCUGGUAAGACAGCUGGACCCCAAGGUGCAGCUGGGCAGGAGGUUUCUGAGGCAAUAGACAUGGGGACCGGACGCUGGAGAAAGCCCUUACUGCUGCUGAGUGCCCUGGUCCUGUCCGCCAAGCUGGGUCACUUCCAAAGGUGGGAGGGCUUCCAGGAGAAGCCCAUGAGCAAGAAAAACAUGAAUUCAACGCUCACCUUCUUCAUUCAGUCCUACAACAACGCCAGCAACGACACCUACUCAUACCGAGUCCAGAAGCUAAUCCGAAGUCAGAUGCAGCUGACGACAGGAGUGGAGUAUAUCGUCACUGUGAAGAUUGGCCGGACCAAAUGCAAGAGGAAUGACAGCAGCAGUUCUUCCUGCCCCCUGCAAAGCAAGAAGCUGAGAAAGAGUUUAAUUUGCGAGUCUUUGAUCUACACCGUGCCCUGGAUAAACUAUUUCCAGCUCUGGAACAAUUCCUGUGUGGAGGCCUGAGCAUGCGGGCAGAGACCUUGGAUGAGGGCCCAGACGACUGGCUUGUGUACUGGCUCUUAUUAAACUGUAAAGGACCCUAAUCUCGCUGUUGGGGUCUCAUUACACAGGCACAUACACACACGCGUACACAAGCACACGUGCACACACACACGCUUACCUUCACAACCUACACACACACAAUGCUCUCACGACACCCUCCCACACUCACCACUCACACACAUGCACACCCACUUUAACGUUCACCCACCUGCCCACGCACCCACACAUGUCACACACAUGCACACUCACUGGCACACACACACAAUGCUCACACGACACCCUCCCACGCUCACCACUCACACACAUGCACACCCACUUUAACGCUCACCCACCUGCCCACGCACCCACUCACACGUCAUACACAUGCACACUCACACAUGUCACACACAUUCAGUGGCCUUCGAGGACUGGUGCAAUCUUUUCUUCUUUUCUUUUCUUUUUUUUUUUUGAGACAGAAUCUCACUCUGUUGCCCAGGCUGCAGAGCAGUAGUGCGAUCACAGCUCACUGAAUCACAGCUCGACUUCCCGGGCUCAAGUGAUCCUCCCACCUAAGCCUCCCGAGUAGCUGGGAUUACAGGCACACACCGCUAUGUCCAGCUAACUUUUUUUUUUUUUUUUUUUUGAGACAGAGUCUCACUCUGUCGCCAGGCUGGAGUACAGUUGUGCGAUCCUGGCUCACUGCAACUUCCGUUUUCCAGUUUCAAGCAAUUCUCCUGCUUCAGCCUCCCGAGUAGCUGGGAUUACAGGUAUGCACCACCGUGCCCAGCUAAUUUUUUGUACUUUUAGUAGAGACAGGGUUUCACUAUAUUGGCCAGGGUGGUCUCGAUCCCUUGACUUCGUGAUCCACCCACCUCGGCCUCCCAAAGUGCUGGGAUUACAGGCGUCAGCCACCGUGCCGGGCCCCAGCUAACUUUUUUAAACACUUUUUUCAUAGAGACAACAUCUUAUGUUGCCUGGGCUGGUCACGGAUGCCUGGGCCUCAGUGAUCGUCCUGUCUCAGUCUCACAAAGUGCUGGGGAUUCCAGGCGUGAGCCACCGCUCCCACCCAGCUGGUGCAAUCCAGAUAGAAUGUCGAUGAUCUUUGGGGAAACAUCAUUCUUUCGCCGUCACCCCACCUCUCUAUGGCUUUUCUGAAUUUAGCAUGUCCCUGAGCUUUGACCUAGCGUGGGGAGCCCUAUUUCUUCCCAGCACACACACAACACUGUGACUCACACACAUUUUUGUGAGUGUGUCUGAGAUUCCCAAGACAAAAUGCACACGGAGUGACUCACUAGAGGACUCACAGGACUCAGCCUGGAGUCAUUCCCACGGCUCUGAUAUGACAGCAAUGGGACACAGGGUGAAACCAGCAAAGGCAAAAGGUGCAUGGGGCCAGGUCCAGAGAAAACCAGGCGGGAGCUUCCGAAGUCCUCUCCCAGUGCGGUCACACAGAGCACGCUCAGUGCCCCCAGAAGUGAGCUGUGACAGUAUGUCUCACAAGGCAGCUCAUUAAGACUCGGCAGCCAGGGUUUUUAUUGGCGGCUGGUCACGAAGGCAGCCUCUGCCUGGCACAUGCUGAAAUUCCAGAUUCCCAGAGGAGAGCAGGGGUUCAACAACCUCACUGCUAUACAGACAGUGUAGAGACACUGAGGAUCUCUUACAUGUAGGAAAUGUUUUCCAUCACUGUAGGGAGCUGUUGACCAUCCAGGUUCCUAAACUCCAGCCAUGGCCAGGAUUGCAAGCAGCCUUUCUAAGGAUGGCACUUCAGGUGGGCUGUGUGAGCUCUUUUCUGCACACUAAGUCAUUGAGCCUCCCAUGUUCACGUGACUGGCAAAACAAGACCUAUGCUUUCUCCCCUUCUCUGGUUGUUAGUUGAUUAGAGAAGGUGCAUCUACAGGGCGUGGUGCCUCACGCCUGUAAUCCCAGCACUUUGGGCGGCCAAGGCGGGCAGAUCAUGAGGUCGGGAGUUUGAGACCAGCCUAGCCAACACAGUGAAACCUCAUCUCUACUAAUAAAACAAAAAAAUUAGCUGGGUAUGGUGGCAGGUGCCUGUAAUCCCAGCUACUCAGGAGGCUGAGGCAGAAGAAUUGCUUGAACCCAGGAGGUGGAGGUUGCAGUGAGCCAAGAUCACACCAUUGUACUCCAGCCCAGGCGACAGAGUGAGAGAUUCCGUCACACAUACACACAGAGGGAAGGUGCAUGCUAGACCAGAAAUGGGGCACAGAUAACGGCUGACAGUGUACCCAGUGUACCACUUGACCAUUCGGCCUCUUCCCGGGCACCAGUGCCACCAGUGGGUCAUAAUGGCAACUUCAGGGAGUAUUGAUUGCUGAAGGGAAGAAUAAACACAGAGCAAGAACCUCAAACCUGCCAGCAAGGCCUGAGGGAGCGGAGAAGCUGAAGACAGUUAGAGGAGGUGAAAUUCCUGUACAAAAACCCAACACAACUUCCCCGCAAACAUCACAGAAACAAAAAGGCCAGAAAGCACUCCGUCCUGCAAAUCUAAGCGAACUGAGGGGUGACCGGGUGACCAACAGUGGCCUGCUGCCCACACUGCCCCAUUCGAUCGUCGUGACCACCCUACGAAGUGGCAACUUUUCCUCCACUUUGUAGAUGAAGAGCCUCCAAAGCCAGCCUCCGUCCAGAGUCUAACCUCCUAGCGUCACACAGCUUGUAGGUGGCAUUUUUAGAAACGGAACCAUGCAGUCUGUGUUCCUUUGUUUCUGGCUUCUUGCCUUCAAUACAUCUGUGUUGUCGUGUGCAGUCAUAGUUCACUUUCAUGAUUGUAUAGAAUUCCAUUGUGUAAAUAUACCACAGUUUACCUGUUGUACGGAUAAUGUACUUUUGGGUAGUUUUUAGCUUCUAAGAACAAUGGCUGCUAACAAGAAUGUGUGUAUUUGUCUAAUGGCGGACACAUGCAUAUAUUUUGUUUCUGUUCUUUUCUUCUUUUUGAGACAUAGUUUGGCUCUUGUUGCCCAAGCUGGAGUGCAGUGGUGCAAUCUUGGCUCACUGCAGCCUCCAUCUCCUGGGUUCAUGCUAUUCUCCUGCCUCAGCCUCCUGAGUAGCUGGGAUUACAGGCACUCACCACCAUGCCCAGCUAAUAUUUUGUAUUUUUAGUAGAGAUGGGGUUUCACCAUGUUGUCCAGGCUGGUCUCGAACUCUUGACCUCAUGUGAUGCACCCACCUUGACCUUCCAAAGUGCUGGGAUUACAGGUGUGAGUCACUGUGCCUGGACACACACGUGUGUUUCUCUUGGACAUAUGCCUAAGAGUUAGUGGGUAAUAGGAUGUGCCUAUGUUCAGCCUUUAGCUAAUUUUUGCUCAAGACUUUCAAACAUUGUUUGGUUUUUUUACCUAAUUUGCUUUUCUAAUGUUACUUACAUAUUGAUUUAAAUCUUGUUUAACCCCGAAGUUCUUACUUUUUAAUAUCUUCUAUUUAAAUGGUCUAAUUGUUCUAUUUCUACCUUUUUUUUUUUUUUUUACUUUCCAACUUUAGACAGUCACCUCUUAUUGUUUUUGUUAUUAUUAUUUUAUUUCAAUAGGUUUCGAGGGAGCAGGUGCCAUUUGGUUGCAUGGAUAAAUUCUUUGGUGGUGAUUUCUGAGAUUUUGGGGCAUCCCCUCACCUGAGCAGUGCACACUGUACCCAAUGUGUGUCUCUAUCUUUUUAAACACAAUUUCAUCGACACUCUGUUCUUUUUAUAAUGUUUGACUAAACUUUAUGGUGUUA